AUGAAUAUCGCACGCGUGGCCCGUCAUCUUCAGACACAUUCCAUUCGGAAAAUCCAUACGAACCCCGUUGUUCCUCUCUUCAGAGCCACGGAAAAUGGAUCAGAAGAACCUAUUGACGAGGCAGACCUCUAUACAUACCAUCGAUACCGGUGGCUAGCCGGGGAAGAUGAGAAGCUUGCAAGGCGCAAUCGCAGGUUCGAUUUGAACGCUCUUCUAGCUGCAGCUCGCCAAGUCACCGGCAACGACAGCAAAUGCGUAAAGCUUGUCAAAUGCGUCGAGGGCCAGCAUAACAAAGCCUUCGUCCUGUCUAUGGACACAGGCGAGCAACUCGUGGCGCGACUCCCGAAUCCAAAUGCUGGGCCAGCCUUUUUCACCACAGCCUCGGAGGUUGCCACGCGCCGUUUCCUCGGCGAUAUUCUGGGCGUGCCUAUCCCUCAUGUCCACGCAUGGUCGUGCGAAACAUCGAACCCAGUAGGUGCGGAAUACAUCAUUGAGGAAAAGGCCCCGGGCAUCCCGCUGGGCCAUGUCUGGAAUCAAAUCACGAAGACAACACAACUCCGCAUCAUCGACCAGAUCGUGGAUAUUGAAACGAAAUAUAUCUCCGUCCACUUUCCAGGGCACGGCUGUAUCUACUACCGCGCAGAUCUGGAACGGAGAUCGCAGCACUACAUACCGCUGGAUGGUCUUUUUAUCGAUAGUACCUUGCCAACAAGUUCAGACAGCCCUCUAUCGUCUUUUGUGCUUGGGCCAAUAACUAAUCCCAAUUUUUGGGGAAACGAGCGCGCGACGAUGGAGUUAGACCGCGGUCCAUGGCGAACCGUCACUGAUUAUGCUGUUGCCAUUGUAAAAAACGAACUUGAAUGGUCGCGAUUACACGCAAAGCCGCGAAUGAACUACCACAGAUCGCUGGACCACCCCGAGACACCGGACGACUACAUAUCCCUCCUUGAGCGCUACGUCGCCGUUGCGCCAUACAUCACAUCGCAGACUCAGGACCUACCCAACAGGAUCGCGCAUCCAGAUCUGCAUCUGGAGAACAUCUUCGUUGAUCCCGACACAAAUCGCAUCACCGGCAUCAUCGACUGGCAGCGGGCAUCUGUUUCUCCGACGUUGUUUCAACGAGUAUCCCCGCAGAUGCUUGAGGUUCCACGCGGCGAGGCAGACGAGCGCAGACAGCGCGAGAAAGAGCUGCUGGAUUAUUACUGCCGCGCUGUCAAGGUCGCAGAUCCGUUACGAUGGGGAGUCGAUGAUGACCCGUGUGCUAGUCUCAAGCGACGCCUGCUUUCCUUGGUGCCUUGUUGUUGGGAGAAUGAAAAUAUGUUUUCCCUCCGCAAUACCCUGAUUGAGGCUAUUGCUCGUUGGGACGAGAUCGCCGGUCACAUGGGAGUGUCAUGUCCGAUACAUUUUGCGGACAAGGAAUUAUUGCAGCAUCAGGAUGAGAUGGAGCUAAUAGAGGGUGUUUCGGCCGUCAUGCGUCAACUAGACGACGCGGGCCUCAUUCCCUUUGGUGGCAUGGUACGGCGUGAAGACUACGAGCGUGCUAGACAAGUGAGCAAUCACUUCAAGCAGGAGUUUGUCAAGUUGGCGGAGGAUGACCGCCAAAAGGAGUUACAUGCUAGGAUGAAGAAAAAAAGGACCAACAAUUAA